AUGCAUCGAGCGCAAGGUCGACACACUUCCCUCGCCUUUUCACCUACGUUCUCCUUCGCACUCCUCGCCCACAUGCGCAAGCACCACCACUGCGCUGCUACCCAUACCGUCAUCAAAGCUCUUCAUCAACACACCCAACGCCUUGGCCGCUCUAUUCCUGACGACAUGAGGCUAUCUAUCUCCUUUAUAUCGCCUUACGGACGGACAGUCGUGCCGGGAUCUGAUGAUUCGAUUCCGUCACUUGUCCAUGUCCAACUUGUCCCGUACGAUGAUUAUUGCUCAUACCCUGUCGUUGGUGCCACAGCCUCUGUUUUUAAUUUUAAAAAAAUCGAAACACAGCAGAGCCCUGCGAGGGAUAUCAUCUCAAUCGCUGUACUGCCCCCGAGGUUGGGUGCGGGCUUGGGCUGGACUUGGGUCGGUCGGUCGUACGCCAUCGGAGCCGUGAAAUUCGAAUCUCGAGCCCAUCGCACACAUCACAUCGGGAUUCCGGAUUUCGGAUACGAAAAUCAGAAUUUACUUCCGGGACUUGAUAAAUAUAGCCCGGCUCUUCCCACGCGUUCAUCUUCCCGCAGUCGCGAGUCCUAG